AUUACUUACCGGAGAUCAGGAUUUCAAUAGUGUACAAACUCUUGCUGCUUAUGCGCUUAGUUUAGUAUUGUUUAUUAUUACUUGGCUAUUAAAUGCGUUUGCAUUGUUUGUAAUGAAGCGUAACUAGUAAGCGUUUUAAUGUUGCAAAAUUUCUAUUAAUAAUAUAAAAUUUAUUUUCUUUAGAAGUUCUUUUAUGGAAUUAUAGUGUUAGGUGAUAAAAAUAAAGAGAUGAAUAUAGGUAGAGCGAUUAAGGUAACUCAAGCAGUUGUUGAUAUAAAAUUUGAAGGUGAAUUGCCUAAAAUAUUUAAUGCUUUAAAAAGCAAACUAAAAUAUAAGGAUAAGGAGCUGGUUUUAGAAGUUUCGCAGCAUAUAGGUGACAAUAUAGUUCGUUGUAUUGCUAUGGAUAGCACAGAUGGCAUGUCAAGGGGGGAUGAAUUUGUUGAUACAGGUGCACCAAUAUCGGUGCCAAUUGGGCGUUCAACUUUAGGAAGGAUUUUUAAUGUUGUUGGAGAGCUUAUAGAUGAGUGUGGUCCACUGAAGGGAAAAUAUAACUUAGAGCCUAUACACAGAGCACCUCCAAGUUUUACUGAACAGAGAAUACAGGAAGAAGUUUUAGUUACGGGAAUAAAAGUUAUAGAUCUUCUUGCACCUUAUCUUAAAGGAGGAAAAAUUGGCUUAUUUGGUGGAGCCGGUGUUGGUAAAACAGUCCUAAUAAUGGAAUUAAUUAAUAAUAUAGCAAAAGCUCAUAAAGGAUUUUCUGUGUUUGCCGGGGUAGGGGAGAGAACGCGUGAAGGUAACGAUCUUUAUCACGAGAUGAUCACUUCAAAUGUAAUAAAUAUAAAUGAGCAUGAAAAAUCUCAAGCUGUUUUGGUUUAUGGUCAGAUGAAUGAGCCUCCUGGAGCAAGGGCUAGAGUUGCUUUAACAGCACUUACUAUGGCAGAGUAUUUUCGUGACCGUGAAAACCAAGAUGUUCUAUUUUUUGUGGAUAAUAUCUUUAGAUUUACACAAGCUGGUUCUGAAAUUUCUGCUUUACUUGGAAGAAUACCGUCAGCUGUUGGUUAUCAGCCAACCCUUGCAACUGAUAUGGGUGCAAUGCAAGAAAGAAUAGCUUCAACAACUUCUGGCUCUAUUACUUCUGUGCAAGCUAUAUAUGUUCCUGCGGACGAUUUAACUGAUCCAGCUCCAGCAACUACGUUCUCUCACCUUGAUGCCACCACAGUGUUGUCAAGGCAAAUAGCUGAAAUGGGAAUAUACCCUGCUGUUGAUCCACUUGAUUCAACUUCUCAGUCUUUAUCUGCUGAAAUCAUUGGUGAAGAACAUUAUAAGGUAGCUUCUGAGGUGAAACGUAUAUUGCAAACUUAUAAAUCACUGCAAGAUAUUAUCGCAAUACUUGGUAUGGAUGAGCUAUCUGAUGAAGAUAAAAUUAUUGUUGAUAGGGCUCGUAAGAUUCAGAAAUUUCUUUCUCAACCUUUUCACGUUGCAGAAAUAUUUACUGGCAUGCCUGGUAAAUUUGUUUCACUUUCUGAUACUGUUUCCAGUUUUAAAGGGAUUGUUGAAGGCAAAUAUGAUCACUUACCAGAGGCCGCUUUUUAUAUGGUGGGGAAUAUAGAUGAAGCAAUAAAAAAGGCUGAAUUAAUACAAGCUGAAGCUAAGUAA